AAGAGAAACGCGUGGAUUAGUCAAUUUUCAUAAAAUAAAAACCGAUCCACAAUCACUUCUUCUCGUAACUCAUAUUUACCGAUCAUAAAAAAAAAUUUUGCUUCAUAAUCAGAGAAAAUGGGUGGUGGUAAGGACAAGGAUGGUCACGAUGAGCAAGAUAAGGGCCUAUUCGGACACGGUUUUGGGCAAGGCCAUGGUUAUGGUGCCCCAGGUGGAUAUCCUCCUGGCCAGUACCCACCUCCUCCUGGGGCAUACCCAUCUCAUGGAUACCCCCCUCAGGGUUAUCCUCCUCAGGGUUACCCUCCCGCUGGUUAUCCUCCUGGUGGUUAUCCUCCCGCUGGUUAUCCUCCUGGUGGUUACCCACCCGCUGGUUAUCAUGGUGGCCCUUCUGCUCCACACCAAUCAGGGCAUGGAGGCAUGGGCGCAAUGUUAGCUGGAGGUGCUGCUGCUGCUGCAGCUGCAUAUGGCGCUCACAAUUUAUCUCAUGGAAGUCACAUGCCUCAUGGUGGCCACGUAUCUCAUGGCGCUCCGUUUGGGUAUGGUGGUGGACAUCAUGGAGGUAAGUUUAAGCAUCACGGUGGUAAGUAUAAGCACCAUGGUGGUAAGUUCAAGCAUGGAAAGCAUGGAAAACAUGGAAUGUUUGGAGGAGGUAAGUUUAAGAAAUGGAAGUAAAAAGCCUCACUUUGCGAUUGCAGACUCAAGUUUCUCGGAAUAAACUAUACAGCAAAUCUGUGUGUUGACUCGUUUUGUUUUCUCAUCUUCAUGUCGAGAUGUUAUUACUAUAGUAGCUUGGCUUGGUAUAAAGUGCUCUCAUGGAUAUGCAUAACAAUUAACCUUGAUCACAUUGUUGGCAGUCUAUAUUAAUAGACUUGUCACUAAAUCUACUGCUGAAUUUAACAA